AUGUCAGCUGCACUACAUCCUGCAAUGAAGGGCUUGAUUUCUAAGGAGCUUUUAGGGCAUCCGGAUGCAGAUGUCAGACUUGCUGUUACAGCUUGCAUCAGCGAAAUCACCAGAAUAACAGCACCUGAGGCUCCAUAUAAUGAUGAUUUAAUGAAGGUCUGCCGAUCUUUGUUUAUUUUGAGGUUACUGUGUUGUUUUUUAUUGCUUGUUUAACAGCUUCGGAAGAAAAUUCUUAUAACUCAUCUUCAUUUUUCAGGAAAUAUUUCAGAUGAUUGUUAAGGCUUUUGAAGAUCUGAAUGAUAUAUCCAGUCGUUCAUAUUCAAAGAGGGUAUUGACUCUUGAAACUGUAGCAAAGGUUAGGUCAUGCGUUGUGAUGUUGGAUCUUGAGUGCGACACAUUGAUUCUCGAGAUGUUUCGUCAUUUCCUAAGGACAAUUAGGUACACAGUAUCUGCAAGAUUAUUUUCUUACCAGCAAAAUUUUUGAAUAAAUGUCAUCUAGUUUGCGAUGGAAUGCAUUUAUUACUUGUCUUUUUUUUUUUUAAUAGGGUUUGGUAUUUAUAUGCGAUGAACAUUAUUGAACAAGCAUUUUCAUCCAUCGGAUCAUAUUUCUCACAAAUGUUGAUUUAUGUAUGUAGACAUUGAAACUUGCAAAUUUUGUCACGUCUGAACAGGCUCUUCAGGAACAGCUUCACUUUGUAAAUAUGAAAUUCCUUGAAUGGGUAACAUGAGCUGUCGCAAGCCAGUUUGUGAAUGGUAAGGGCAAGGAGGUCCUUAAGAACGAUCCCAGAACAUAUGAGAGGCUGGUGGAUUGAAUUGUUAUAGACAGAAUUCUAGAGUGGACUAGCUAAAUUUCACUCGGACGAAAUAACUUUCAGUUCACAAUAGAAGUCACUCAUUGUGAAACGCAUUUAUAACUAAUUAUUUAUUUCAGUGAUUCAUGGGUAAUAAACAAUUUAAUACGAAUCAUUCUUUUUGAUUUUUCUCUACAUGUUUUGUCAUUUAUUGAUGGUUUUUAUUUCUAAAGUCUACAUGUUUUGUCAAUUUAAUACUAAGGUUUUUACAUACUUCUAAAGUUGCAGUUUUAGUGGACAUGGAAUUUUUAUUUCCCCCGAUUUUACGAAAAAGAAAUGUUUCAACCCACAUUUUUUCUCCAAAAUACUUCUCGUCUUUCCUUUUUUUAUAUUAAGUCAAUUUAUCUUCACCUGUAUUAGUGUUUUGUCAACUUUUUUUAAAAAAAAACGAGGACAUGUGCAACUUGCAGGGAUAACCAUUCAGAAAAUGUGUUUUCUUCAAUGGAGGUGAUAAUGACCCUUGUGUUAGAGGAAAGUGAAGAUAUUUCACCAGAACUUCUCUCAUUGUUGUUAACGAGUGUGAAAAAGGACAAUAUGGUAUUCUAUCCUUAUUCUUUAAUUUCGUAUUUUAUUUCUUUCGACUUUUAGUGUUUUCAUAACCUGAUUUUUUUCAUCUACAGGAUAUUCAGCCAGUUGCACGGAGAUUAGCGGAAAAAGUUAUUGUUAACUGCACUCUUAAACUGAAAUCAUGCUUAAUGGGCGCGGUUCAAUCCCUUGGUGCACCGCUGAGCGAUUACAGUAGUGUUGUUGCAACUGUAUGUGAAGAUAAUUCUAAUGUUUUGGAACGUAACAGAUUAAAUGCCUCUGCUGAGUGUUUGGUGAGUUUUUCCUUCUGUUACUUUUCUUUUGCCUUUCAUAUUUCUAUUCUUGUGCAUUUUUCACACAACUUGUGGUAUUUUUUAAUAAAUUUUCAAUUUAAUUUCCAAUUGAAAAUGAGAUCUUCAUCUUUUGGUUUCAAAUAUUUGUUUUGCCCUGGAAGAUUACUAGUUUAUCUACUUUCAUUUUGUUGGCAAAAUUCUUUUUUCGAAAAAAGCAGUGCGGUGUAUCCGGGGUUGACACUGCCAGUGAAUCCAGUGCUUGUGAAUGUAUUGGCAUCUUCUGAUGGCUUCUGGGUAAUAGGAUAUUUAUUUCAUGCAGUGUGUAUAGAUUUAGCGGCUCCCAGGCUCUAUUGACAAACUUUAUUCCAUGUCCACACGAUGUGGAACCAAAUCGUCGAGAUCAUUGUUAUCCUAUAUGCCAUGGUUGCGUUGGUGGUUGAUUCGAUGACAAGACAUGAGCUAGGUACUAUAAAAGAGGUAGUUGCCUAUGUCACAGUUAUUCAAACGUUUCUUUAUUCUCCUUUUCUCCUUCCCUAGGGGUCAGGGAUCGCCUGAAUUGGCUGUAUAUUACUGGAAUAUCUCAGUUUCAAGCAGUCUGAUUAUGGAAUCCAUUCUCUAAAGCCCAUAUUGUUUCUGACUCGGUCCAACUUGUAUAAGUGGUAUCAUUUUUAUACAGCCCUUGUCCACCCCUGCACGUGAUUGCAAUUUGGACACCCAUGAUCAGAAAUGUGAAGGGAUCUGUGAGUGUCAGUGGCAAUGAUUAUUGCGGCUGUUGAUACAGAUUCUGCUGACCCUGGGAUUCUCUAUUUAUCAUAUGAGUUUCCAGUAGGGCUCCAGAUGGAGAACACCCAAUCCCUUUUAAGGCUUUUUUUUUUUAUUUGCUUCUGCCCAAUCUCUGUGGCAAUCGGACCUUUUGUUGCCCAGGCGUAUCAUUGAUUGAAAAAAGAAAAAAAAUCGCGUCAAGUGCAAGUUGGAUAUGCAAAAUGCAAGAUGCGCAAGCCAAGUCAGUGAGCGAGAUGAGAUGAGAUGAGAGGCCUUCCAUCCGGGAUGACAGACUGAUUGUAGUAGGCAUUGGUGCAAGUAGUAAGCAAGUGCUUAGUCACCCAAAUAAGCACCUGUGGGAAUCUCGUCUGUUACUGAGACUGACAGCCUUCCUUAUCCUUUUCCCCUUAGGUCGAACUUCUCUCAAGUGGCAAUUGGUCCCGAACUACUUCUCCAAUUUGUGUAAAAGCGGCCAUAAUGGCGCUUAAUCCACUUUGCUCCUCCGGAUGCAAUUGAUUUAUAACCUGCUCCAAAGAUGCAGCCUUCGAAACAUCGGUGUCAGAAGACAAAAUUCCUGACCCUUGGUCUAGAAUUCCUCUUAUUGCAUGGGUUGGGGAAGUGCCUGGGGAUACUCCACGGGAGGAAUUGUCAAUAGACUGACUGUGACUUGUCUGCAGCUACUGCAGCCAGCCAAUGGGGGUUCCAGGUGGAUUUUUUAUUCUGUCUUCUUCUUCCUCCUCCUUUUUCUUUCGAACUUUUCUUCCUUACACCUCUCAGCAGCAUUGGCUGACGGGAGCAGUUCUUCCAAUAACGGGCUAAUCUGAGUGGAUCGGGCUAGAUCAGCUAGAAAAUUGACUGAUUUUGUGCAAUUUUCUGUUGUCCUGUGAUAUUCAAGUGUGAUUGGGUUUCCCUCCCAGGUUGGAUCAGCUAGUGCCAAUCACAUGCACCAUGAAAGAAUCUACUACUGUGGUUUGUUAUCUCGCUGAACUUAUUUCCCUUUUUUCGAAACUUUGUUUGAAUGUAGAAUCUGAUGUGCCAUUGUUGCGUAAACUUUAAGAAGUGCAAUAUUGUAGACGAUCUCCACUUGCUGUACAUUUUUUCUUUGGUUUUGUAGCUAUUGUCCACCUUGCUGAAUAGUGCUUUCAUUGAUAAUUAUGGUAUUGAGUCGUCAGUUUUCUGAAUUUUUUAAUUGUGUUCAAAACAUUGCAGGCAGACGACAGCAGGUUUUCUGAGAGGACCGUCUCUGAUGAGCUUGCACAGGCAGAACAUUUUUUGCUCACUGUGUUUAUUAUUUCUUGAUGUCAGUACAAUGAGGUUUUAGGCUCGUUUCUUAUAUAUUCUCGUUGAACAGGGUUCUGGAAAGAUGGAGUCGGAAGUUUCCUGUCCUGAAGUAGGUACUGGAUCCGUUAGGUCCCCAAAGUCUGUAAUGAGCAAUGGAAACCUCCAGACCAGGAAUGAUGGCUCUGUGGUUGAAAUAGCGUCUCUGAAUAAGAAAACUAUCCGAAAUGCAGUGUCACCUAGAAAUGCGUCAGCCGCUGCUGAAGCUGGUGUGCAGGUACCUAAUAGGAGGAAAGGUCGCAGCAGUGAAUUUGACCGGUCAGAAUCUGAAUAUCCAUCCAGGAAAGAGACAGAGACAGGCAUACGAGGGAAGCAUAGACGCUCUUCAAAUGAAAAGCUUCCUGGUGCUAGUCAGCCCAAACAUUCUCAAGGAAAAAUGAAAAUUCAUGUGAGUGGUGACGCAGAGGUGCCUCCAAAGAAACGUGGCAGGAAGCCUCGUGUAGAUGUCAGUGAGGAUACACCAAUAACAGAGUUGGUUUCCAAAAUUAAAAAGCAGAGAUGUAGAGUUUCUAAUCAUGAUAAGGUGAGGGAAUCAAAUCUAUGUCUAUUGGAGCAUAGAGCAUUUAUCAUUACCUUGUGUCACUGGUUUGAUAGCCAUUGAUGCUUUUUAUGCGGAAGUUUUACAUAUUAUUUUGUUUUUUGACAAUCUAGGGGACGGUUUCUUCACCUAAGACGGCUACCAAAUCUGACGCCGACCAAAAUGUUAUGGAUGAAAAUAUAAAAUCCAGAUCUGGCAGGAAACGUUCUCGAGAGGAGGUAUGUGAAUACAUUCAUGGACUCGCGUGUUGACAAACUUUUGUUGUAUGUUUAUAUACCAUGUUCUUGGUUUUGGCGUCCUUUGAUUCUUGUCUUUAGCCAGCACGGACUUUAAAAUUUGUAUCCCUUCAUUAUAUAUAUUAAUGAUCUUUGCGUUGUGUUUUUUGCAUUGCAGUAAAUAAUUUUAAUAACUAGUGAGUCGUUUGCUGUUUUUUUAAAUAAUUAAUAUUGAAUUGCUUUCCGAUGUAGAUAUGGUAGUUUCAUUAUACUAGAUUUGGUAGCGCCCCCCCCCCCCCCAAGUGGCCAAUCGGAAGUGCACAUACAGGUGGUCCCUUUGUGUCCUCCAAAACUGAUUGUAAAUUUGUUCGGGCCCCUAGAUACUAAUGGGAACAUUCUAAUAAAACGAAAUGAUUUGUUUUUAUCGAUUUCAAUUUUGAAGAAUUUGCCCGAGAACCACUAUUUCGCAGCCAGUAACAGAACCCCUAGCUGUUGGUUGCAAUAAAUAGUGAUCGAAACCAAAACAAACAUGUAGUGACCCCCCGCUAGAAAAAACCCACUGUUAGGGAUUCCCCUUGAUAGGCUGAUCUUGAUGGUGCAUGGCAAUCAAAAAUGUGGCCAUUUUUAGGAUAGAUGGCAGUCAGAAGACUCCAGCGGAGACAUUGAUAAUUAUAAAAACGGCUAAUACAUUAUCAACAACUUUAAAAAUAUUCUCAAGCUUAGUAGAGAUUAGUGAAGCAACGUUGUUUUACGAUAAUUUUGCCUACACCAUAGGAAAAUAAGACAUGUGAACCAUCGUCAGUUACCACUUUAUUUUAUGUCAUUUACGAAUAUCUAAUCAAGAAUACUCCAUAUGAGUGCAAGUGAUAUUGAAAAAUUUAUCUGGGAUUUCGAGAAGCUUCCUAAAGUGCAGCGACGAAAUCCAUAAAACGAUAUUUCUUUUCAAAUGGAAAACAAUUUAAGACGAACAAAUGUUCAUUGCAUUCUCAAUGUAGCUCAGAUACAACUAGUGGACAAUAGAUCCUGAAUAUUCUUUUGCUUUAUUCAUCUCACGCAUGUGUAUUGCUCAAGUUAUUACUUGUGGACUUGUGUGAGUGGUGUGCUUGGCGACAUAUAGGACUCCGCAAAGACUGUAGGUUUUAGAUUUUACCAUGACAAAUGGAGCUUGUUUAAACUCUUGAACAUCGGUAAUUUUGGACACCAAUGGUCUUUAUGGUGUUAUUAAGAUAUUAUUCAACUCUUUGGUAGUUUGUUGGGAUCUGGAGAUAAUCGAUUUUUGUGUUAUUGACCUUUCUCUCCCUUGUAUUAGUUCAGCAAUUUCUCCAUAUUUUAGUCUUAUUGUGCCAACUUAAUGUAUAGAUAGUUCACAGUUUUAUUGUUUAAAGUGAAAGCAAACUUAGAAAGUUCACCUUGAGGAUUUUGGUCAUUAAUCUUUUUUUUCCUUUUGGGUGCUUGUUGAAUCUCAUUUGCUUAUGGAUUUAUGUUUUCCGCGCUGCCUUGUCGAAUCUUUAUCCUUCAGGUUUCUAGGACCGCUGGACGUGAGCUAGAAUAUGAUGAGAGUUUAGUAGGAGCAAGGAUAAAAGUUUGGUGGCCAGAUGAUGCAAAGUAAGUAUUGUAGGAAUGAUAUCAAUUGGUUGCAGGUGCUUCUUUCAUUUGAACAAGUCUGGUAGUCAGAUUUAGUCAUUGCUGCUGAUUGCAUGAAUAGCAUCAGCCUGAGAGUGGUAUAUAAUAUUAGUUACUUGCGAACAUUACCACCAAUAUUUUACGGACAAACAUGGUGCAAUCAUGAUAGGUUAUGGUAUAUAAUAAAUACAUCAAACACUUUUUAAUUUUAUUGAUUACUCGUUCCCUGCAUGAUUCUCAUUUCGUUAAAAUACAUAUAUGCCAUGUUUUGUGGGGAAAAGCCAGUUAGGUUAUAUUGUUGGUUCACUGCUCGUUUUUGCUACACAAGAUUUCAGGUUCAAAUGUGUCCAUGAAAACCAAUUGAUACCUAAGGGUUGAGGUGUAGGUCGCCUAUUUUUUAACUAUGGUUGGUGGUAGCCAUCCAUCAGUGAGAGGUUCCUAGAUUCAAAUCAACGCUUGAUUUUCAAGUGAAUCUCAUAAAAUAUUCUGCUGUUCUUCCAUCCUCUUUGGAAUGAGGUUGGAAGCUAUCGAAGGGUUGCUCAUCGAGUUGUGAGAUGUAGACGAAUAGAUAGGAUUCUUAUCCGAAAGGGAGUUGGUUUGUUUAAUUGGUCUCAACCGAUUGUGUUAUGGCUUGUUCGAAACUUCAAAAAAUACAAAGGGUUCUGAUGGUGGUGAAUUGUCAUUUGGGAUCAGUUAGGUUUACAGUUGUGAACUUGAUUGUGGAAACAGUAUAGUUACUAUUAAGGUCGUGGAGACGGAGUUCUUCAUGUGAAUCAAUGCCAAAAGAAAUAAGAACUCCUAAGAUAAAUAACAAAAUCUUAGAGGACACCUUUGGAAUGAAUUUAAAUCUCGUUCACUUGAUAAAUUUUUCUCCACUGAUUUUCCGAUCGAAAUUGGAAAAUGUUGGAAUCAUAGAUGGUGAUGAACAGCCUUUCUGGGAAAGAACAGAUGCUUAUUCUGAAAGUGGGCAGUCAAAAUGAAUAUGAAAAAAGAGCAUAUUCAAAUAUUAUUUUCAAAUAUUAUUUUCAAAUAUAAAGAAUAAAUGCGAUAAAAGAGUUUUUUCAUGGGUUAGAUGGAUCAUCAAAGGGCUCUCCAACCUGUUUCAUUUGCAAUCAUUUUUCAAGAGGUGUCUUGAAAUUUCUGAAUUGGUUGUGAUGCAUUCCCAAGCUCAAUCAUGGAAACUGCAUACCCUUGCAUCAUAUACCCGUGUGUAAGUGUGCUCAGCUUUUCCCAUUAGGCUGAAAGCAUGCGCAAAGCAGCAGCUGCUUCAUUUUUCUGCCCCUGAAACAAGAAUCGAACCCUGCUUCUUCUGCCCGCCUUCAUUGGCCGAAAAGGAUGAGGACUAAACUGUUUUCUGAAACAAACCCAUGAAAGAGGGUUAAAGAAGUGAGCCUUUCGUUGUCCUUGUUUAACGUAAUUUACCCUGCGAUUGCUUCUCAGUCUCUCCAAUCAACCAGUUUCUCUCAGUUUUCAACCCUGCUGGACAUUUUUUACUCGUUAUCAUCUCAUCUUGUGGCAUGCAUUUGAUCGUUCUCCACAUGUUCCUGCAGGUUUUAUCGUGGUGUUGUGGUGUCGUAUAAUCCCAAUUCGAAGAAGCAUAAGGUCCUAUUUCAUGUUCAUGGCUGUCAAGUUCUUGUUUUCUGCUACUUUUAUUUCUAGCUUCAUGUUGGCCGCCCUGCCCUGAACUGGGAUCAAUCUUUCGCUUCUAAGCUGGCCAUGUUUCUCCUCUAGGUUUUAUACUCGGACGGCGACAAGGAGACAUUGCUCCUCAGGAAUGAGAGCUUCGAGCUGGUUGGAGGUGCUGGAAAGGUUGGCAGACUACUACGUAAAGAAAGCCCCUUGAGGUUUUUGCUCUCUGUUAUUUCUUUUAAUGACGUUUAAUUAUCUCAAUUAUGGCAGGAGGAAGAGAACAGGUCAACCCCUGAGGCCGCCUUAAAGACGUAUGUCUGA